AUGUCAGCUCCCACCUUAGACCUCACAGCGCCGAAUGGCACGAAGAUCUCCCUGCCUACAGGGCUCUUCAUCAACAAUGAUGAUGAGUCGGAGAUCGGCAUAGUGGAAGCGGCAUCACCAGAGGAUGUAGACAAGGCCGUAAAGGCAGCACGCGCAGCUCUCAGUGCCCCAGGCUGGGGUGACAUCUCUGCAACAGAUCGAGGCAGGCUGAUUUACAAGCUCGCCGACCUCGUCGAGGCACACCAAGAGACUCUCGCCACGAUCGAAACGUGGAACGGCGGCAAGCCUUAUGGCGUAGCUCUUGGAGAAGACCUUGCUGAGACCAUUUCCACGUUGCGCUACUACGCCGGUUGGGCCGACAAGAUCCACGGCGAGACCAUCCCGACGACGCCCCAGAAGUUUGCCUAUACGUUGAAACAGCCGAUUGGAGUUUGUGGACAAAUUAUUCCGUGGAACUACCCACUCAUGAUGGCGGCGUGGAAGCUCGGUCCAGCACUGGCGUGUGGCAACACUGUUGUGUUGAAGCCGGCAGAACAGACGCCUCUCUCUGUUCUGUACUUUGCGAACUUGAUCAAGGAAGCCGGUUUCCCUCCAGGAGUUAUCAAUAUCGUCAACGGCUCAGGAAGAGAGGCAGGUAAUGCCCUGGUUUCUCAUACCGAUGUUGAUAAAAUUGCUUUCACCGGCUCUACCGCAACCGGAAGACAGAUUAUGAAGUCUGCGAGCAUCAACCUCAAAAAUAUCACGCUCGAGACUGGCGGAAAGUCGCCUCUGGUAGUGUUCAGCGAUGCAGACCUCGACCAAGCAGCAAAAUGGGGCCAUGUUGGUAUCAUGAGCAAUCAGGGCCAGAUCUGCACGUCCACUUCCAGGAUCCUCGUUCAUGAAGAUGUCUAUCAGGAUUACGUCGCACGCUUCAAGAAGAUAUGCCUGGAGAACAAGGUCGGCAACCCCUUCGACGAUGACACGUUCCAAGGACCCCAGAUCACGAAGGUACAAUAUGAGAAGAUCCUGGGUUACAUCCAGGCCGGCAAGGAUGAAGGUGCCAGCCUCGUGACCGGAGGAGUCCCGUACAAGAACGUGGGCGACGGCAAAGGGUUCUUUAUUGAGCCAACAGUCUUUUCUGAUGUGAGGAAGGAUAUGAGGAUCUUCCAAGAAGAGGUGUUUGGUCCUUUUGUCGCCAUCACACCCUUCAAGACGGAGGAAGAAGCAGUCGCAUUGGCCAACAACACCUCUUACGGCCUCGGGGCUGCCUUGUUUUCGCGCGACAUUGAGCGGUGCCACCGCAUCGCCGCCCGCCUCGAGUCUGGAAUGGUUUGGAUCAAUAGUUCCAAUGACUCGGAUAUCCGCGUUCCUUUUGGUGGUGUCAAGCAGAGCGGUAUCGGGCGCGAAUUGGGAGAAGCUGGUCUGGCUGCUUACACGCAGACGAAGGCGGUACAUGUGAACUUGGGACUCAAGCUUUAA